AUGAACAUGGUAGAGCAACAACAGUAUAUUGCUGCAGGUCUACCACACACAGGUGACCUGGCAGGAUCCCACGGCUUAUCUGAGGCCAGAUCCAUAGCUCCUGCAGGCACUUCAGCCUAUCCAGAAGUGGCUCCCUUUUCAGCAGUAUCUUCUUUCAACAUUCCCGCGACGUGCGACUCUAACCUUCUCACUCCCGUCUCUACCACCAACUCUCCCCCCCUCCACCAGAUCCGCAAGCUGGCACCGCAAUAUCCUCCUCCCCCGAGCACCCCCUAUACCCAGGUCCCGACCCCUCCGGGCAGCUCCAAGAUGUAUCACCAACCGUGGAACAGCCAAUUUGACAUGCACGCACAGAGCGCGCAGAACCCCCCGCCUAUGAACAACCAAGUGUCGGUGGCAUCGGACUUCUACAUGGCUCCUGAUGACCGCCGCAGCACGCCCAACCCCCCGACGGAGCCGUACUACGGGUCUUUUAGCGUGUCUGAAGGCCCAGACACGCAUUCUAUGCAUCAUCAAGGGCCGCAGUCCUUCUAUGUGCCGCUCGAGAUGGGAAACCAGACCUCCAAUAUGAUGAUGCGCGACUCCCGUCACCUGCCCAUGGAACUGCACCCCCGUGACAUGGACCGCACUCACGCACCGUCCCUGCUAGCGCAGUCGCACUUCAACAAUGUUCGACGGGCCAGCACAGAUGACCGCAGUUACAGCAGCCGUGCCGAUACCCUUCGCCGCUCGUCUAGCGGCUCGCCCCGUCGGCGCUCCAUCGCUCAGGGUAGCGCCCGCGUAAAGAAAUCGAGAUCGUCCAAGCGGCAAGGGGCCUCCUUUCGAAGCCAGCAGCAGGUCGACCCUGGCGACGAACACAAGAACUGUUUCGGCCAAGAGGCCCCUCCUCUCAUCAAGAAGAACUGCCCCGAGGAAGAGCGGUGCAUCUUCGAGUCUCGAUGGCGACACCGCCACCAGCGCGGGCAGGACAUGUGGGACAGUAUCCAGGGCGACUUCGAAAGGAGGUUUAACAAGAGGCAUGGCAAAGAAAUGCUCCAGAUGAAAUUCAAACGGGGCCGAGCCAAGUACUACGAGUGGCCCGAGGAGGAUGUCAACAUCCUGCGAGCCGCUUUCAAGAAAACGGAGAGGGAGAGAUAUCAAACCAUACUGAACAACUUCCUCGAGAUGGGAGGCUCCCGCAACAUGCUGCUGAGCCCCAGCGACAUUGAGAUCAAGAUUGUCAACGAUCUCAAGUGGGAGGAACCCAUCUAUAUCGAAGCCAUGGAGGAAUGCAUCCGCCGCCGCCGCAAGACUAUUGUCAAGAAGCGGUCGACCGGUCGAGGAGAACCCGGCGGCGACGUUGCCGUGAGCGACGACAUGCUACGAAUUUCCCAGACGCCUCACAAUGAAGACGACGUGAUCAACCAGGUAUUUACCGCUCGACGAGAGCCGUCACGAGAGCAACGCUGGGACGAGGACAUGACGUCUGUCAACGGUGAAAUGAUGGAUUCCCACCUAUGGGAGAAUCGGGCGCCGAUGAAGAUGGAAUCCGAGGCCCUUGUGCCCUCAGGAGGCGAGCACAUGGCACGGAUACACAGCGGCGCAAAUCAGCACCCCAUCGGCAACCACUGCCUUCGGCCGGCGCCAUCAGCGUACCACCCAAUGCCCAAGGCACCAUGA